AUGGGGUCGCCUCUCAGCUCUGACAGCAAUAAAGAAGGGUUCAUCGACGCCGUUGAAGCCGACUUUCACAUUGGACACACACAGUACAGCGCGUACAAUACCGCGAGUAUGGAGAUGGAGCUCACGGAACGUGCCGAGGCCAAUGGGACUAGCGAGGAACAGAACCAGGCCAAACAGCGAGCUAGUGCAAAGUCGGGCUGUCAGCAGAGAAGAAGCACGCCUAUAGGCCAAGAUGACGAACCCAUUCUGGACUAUUCUCUUGGAGGCAGACUUAGACGGCAGUCUACUGUACGUCCGGUCGAUCCUCGACGCUGGAGCGCCGGAUUGGAGGUGUUGCAGAUCCACCACUUUAAGCGCAUCGCCGCAUCCUUGACGUCGCGAUAUUAA